AAACAUUCACGAUGCUGCAAGUUUGUUGCUACGCGACGGACUAUAAUAAAAACGAGCGAAUCCUCAAUGAACGAACGCAGUUAUCAGAAUUCGAAAGCAAAUCCCUCGACAUGGUUCUCCUGUGCCGUUUUAUCGGAUUCUUUAUCGUGGUUUUGGUCCUGUACCCGCCACAUACCCAAUCAGCAUCAGUAAGCGGCCACGCGGGCUGUGCCUACGAUGGAAUCCUUCACAGCAGAGGAGACAAAUUUACAGACAAAGAAUGCAAGAAGUCUUGCGAGUGCAUUCCGUGGGGUCAACUGUCGGUAUCAAUCUGUAGCCCCCUGUGCCACGCCCCUAUAGAUGAGUGCUUCAAAGGCGAGGUGAAGGUAGUCAAGUACGAGCCCGCAGGACUAAAGGGCAGCGGAUGCACUUGUAAAGUGGUCGAGUGCAAGAGUGAGGAUGGGACGGUGGUGAUGACGUAAUGGACCGAGGAUUGCGCGGUAGUUAAUAGAACAGAUACAUUCCAUUCACAAUAUUAUUGUACGCGUCUGCUUGUAUUUAAAACAAUAAAAAAAACGAGAAGCACAAAAAAA